GAGCGGGCGGAGCCGCGGGAGCCCGUGCACGAGCGCCCAGCGGCGGACGUGGUCGCGGCGACCUUUCAGGACGUGAUGCUCGCGGAGUUGCACGCGGUUGCCGAGGGCAUUGCCCAGGAGGAGAAUAUGUGUUUGCGCAAGCACCAGCCGAAGAUGUCUACAUGGAGCCGGACACAUGCCGGAGCUGGACGCGAGCACCGACGGGGAGAGCUGCUGGGCGAGAUGGACGAUGAGCUGGACGGGCCCGAGGCCGACUCCAGCCCGCACGACGCGAGCAUCCACAGCUGCCCGGACGUGGCCGCGCAGGACGAGCCGGCGGAGGAUCUCACCGGGCAGCUCUGA